CCACAAGCCUCCCCCUUUUACCCUCUCGUCUCUCUCACUCCGCUCAACAAUUCGCCCAAAAUCGAACCUUAAAUCCCUCUGUUUGCUCCUCAGAUUCUGCUAGGGAUUGUUGUCGGCUUCAAUGUUUGGGCAUCAAUCACUGAUUUUGGUGUGAAAUUCUGCUCCCUUGAAUUUAUCGUAGCCAACAACCGUAGCACCUCGAAAUUCCGCGCUUAGUGGGACUGCACAGAUGAUGGAGAACAAUAACGGGAGACCGGCCCCACCUGGCGGGGGCGGUCCCGGAGGCGGCGGCGAGGCUGCCCCGGAGGGCGAUGACUGGAGGAAUCAUUUGCCUCAGGAGUCGAGGCAGCGGAUAGUCAACAAGAUAAUGGAGACUUUGAAAAGGCAUCUUCCAUUUUCUGGUCCAGAGGGAUUGCACGAACUAAGGAAAAUAGCCGUUCGGUUUGAGGAAAGGAUUUUCCAUGCUGCCGCGAACCGGCCCGAUUAUUUGCGGCAAAUAUCUUUAAAGAUGCUGACCAUGGAGACAAAAUCUCAAAAUUCUGUAGCCAAUUCUAUGCCCUCUGGUUCUGCUGGCAAUAGCAGUGAGCCUCCUGAUUCAGCUGCGGCGCUCGCAGAGUUGCAUCUUGAGGACUGUUAUCGUAGCCAACAACCGCAGCACCUCGAAAUUCCGUGCUUAGUGGAAGGGAUUGCACAGGUGAUGGAGAACAAUAACUGGAGACCGGCCCCACCUAGCGGGGGCGGCGGCGAGGCUGCCCCGGAGGGCGAUGACUGGAGGAAGCAUGUGCCUCAGGAGUCGAGGCAGCAGAUAGUCAACAAGAUAAUGGAGACUUUGAAAAGGCAUCUUCAAUUUUCUGGUCAAGAGGGAUUGCACGAACUAAGGAAAAUAGCAGUUCAGUUUGAGGAAAAGAUUUUCCAUGCUGCUGUGAACCAGCCCGAUUAUUUGCGGAAGAUAUCUUUAAAGAUGCUGACGAUGGAGACAAAAUCUCAAAAUUCUGUAGCCAAUUCUAUGUCCUCAGGUUCUGCUGGCAAUAGCAGUAAGCCUCCCGAUCCAGCUGCGGCGCUCGCUGAGUUGCAUCUUGAGGACUGACGGGUGAUCAUGGUACAAGCAGCAAAUCCGAAAAAUAUGAGCAGAUAAGGAGGGGGACUUGCUCAAGGGAUAUGACGAAGUAUCUAAGAUGGCUAUGUUAUUUUGAAGUAGUUUUCCGUAAUCAAGAAGGAACAACUUUUCAAUCUGUCUCCGUUGGUUAAUAUUUAAAGGUUAGUGUUGGUUUCAGCUUGACCAAACAAAUAUUACUAUUGGGAAGUUGAUGUCAUCUUUUUCAGGUGUUUCUGGGACCUAGAAAUAAUUUGUAUGUACUGGGGUCUAAGUAUUAAAUGACAAUUCCGAUUCUUCUGCAAAACCAUGAUAGAGAAAGGCGUAGCAUCGACAUAUGGCUUCUCCUUGAUUUUUCUCCAGCAUUUUGAUGGCCUCGAAGAGAUACAAGUCCGGAAUGGAGGAGGAGCAGGAGGAGCUUCCCCCCCCACCCUCUGUUUUGAUAAGUGAGGAGCCAUCUUUUUAGGGUGAAUUGCGGGGGCUGAGGCUUGAUUAUGAAAUACAAAGUCGGGGCACUUAUAACAUCACUAAACAAUAGGGAAUUGCGCCCAGAUGGAGAGUGGUUAAGAGAGUGAUCUCCUAAAUGUUGUGAAAAUGCAUAAUUAGCAAGUCAGUCUGCACAUGUGUUGCCCUCCGAUUACAUGUGUUGCACCAAUAUUAUCCAGAGUCAAUUAAUAAGAGCUCUAAUGUCUUGUCAAAGGCUUUCAUUCUA